UUUUGUUGAAUAUAUCUACCAAAUUUCGUUAUUGCAAAUCGUCAAUAACCAACAAGCACAAUAGCUAUAGUAUAUGCGAGUUCGAUAAAAAGCAACUAGCAUAUGCGAGUUUGCUAUAAAAAGGCAAAAAAGUCAAAACGCUUAUUUCAUAAAAUAUUUUUUUAAAAAACCCAAAUGUUGAAUCAUGGGCAGAAAAUAUUACUGUGACUAUUGCGACCGGCAUAUUGAACGAGAUCCGGUCAUAGUUAAAAAGCAUAACGACGGAAUCCCACAUCAACGUAACAGAGCGGAGCAUUACAAAUCAUUUCAAGAUGCAAAACAAAUUAUAUCAGAAUCAUCUAAGAAGAAAACCUGUAGAACCUUGUUAUUAGGACAAGAAUGUAUCUACGGGUCAAACUGCCGUUACAAUCAUUACACAUCGGACCAAUUACAACAACUACAGCAGCAAGUUAAUUGGAAUGAAAAUCAAAAGCGUAAACGCACAGCGGAGCAGAUUGUAAAACUUGAUUCCGCCGAUGCCAUCGUAGAUACCUUCCUGCAGCAUCGCACAAAACGAAAGUACAAGACGCCGGCGGAUUGGCCCGCAUUUUGGAGCUAUCCAGACGAACUGAAAGAAUGUGAUUUGCCGCCGUCGCUGCUGGAAAUCGAUUUUCAACGGCUGAAGUCUUGUCAGUAUGCCACAUGGGGCUGAUAAACUGUGUGGCGCUUUUCUUUCGAAUAAAUCACACAGUUGUAUUUAUUAAUAAAAUAUAUUAGACAUCUAAAUAGAUUUACUUUAUUAUCAGUUCCAUUGGUAUACCAACUCCCAUCAUCUGAAUAACUCUCGAAAUCAGCACACAUUGGAUGAAGAACCAGAGUUGAGUUCACUUGUACGGUUUUUUUAUAGAUCACAAUUAGAAUGAUAUCGAAUGUAAUACUCUUUUGCUUUCCGUUCCUGUUCCACGCUUUGCUUUGCUCAUUACUACGACCAGCAAUUUGUUCCGAUCAAAUAGAUAAAUAUGCCGCAUAAAACUAGUAAAACUGGUGUGUUGUUUUAU